ACCGGCCGGAAACACCAGCGCCAACCAAACCAACCAGCAGCAGCAGCAGCUCAUCAUCAUCAGCUCCGGCGCCUAGCUCGACCGGUGGGCACAGGGGCGUACGUGCGUGGCAAGAACCCGAUCGAGCAGGCCAGCGAGGAGCGAGAUGGGCAGCUGCUUCUCUUCUUCGUCUUCGGGGUCGGCGGGCGACGACGCUGCCGGAGGCUACGGCGACGAGAGGAGGGUGAGGAGGGUGUGGCCCAGCGACGACGACGGCGGCGAGUGGGACGUCGACAACAGGGCCGCCAUCUACAUCGCCAAGUUCCACCGCCACCAGUCCGGCGUCGUCUGCUCCGACUGCGCCGCCGACCAGCAGCAGCAGACGCCGGCGGCCGCCACUGCCGCUCAGUGACGAGACGACUUGGCUGCUUAUGCAUGCAUGGAAUAUAAUCAAUCCGAGAUGAAGAGUUCAGUAGUGAUGUCUUGUUUUUGGUGGAUCCAAAUCCGAUCCAAUCGGUUAUAUGCCUGUGCCUGCCAUCGCUUCCACACUUCUUAAAUUUCUGUCUACUACUAAAUUUCUUCCUCUUCCCUUGGGUUUAUUUCUCUCUGUAGGUUCAUCGACAGCUAGCUGCUAAUGAAUAAUCAUAUAUAUCAAGGGGAUUAGUCUAGAUUGUCCAGCCAGUAUGUAAAUUUGUUCCAUACACAUAUGUGAACUUGUGAAGAGAGUAUAUAUAAAUAAGCUUGCUUUUGGAUCGAA